AGGCAUUUCAAAACCUCUUCUGUUCUUCUCUUUCCUCAGUUUUCCCCACCCAAGAAACCAAAGCCAUGGCUGGGAUGUCCAAGCAGGACCCAUCACCGGCCUUUGCAGAAACAGUGGAGGAGAUCAUGAGAAUCUACAGAUCACUACCACCAAGACCCAAAAUUGAGGAGGUUGAAGCAGCCAUGACUGUUAUCAGGACCGCGGACUGUGAGGAGCAGAAGAGGCUCGAGGAGGUUGCAAGGCAAGAGGUCCCCCAGGGGGUCCCAUCUGAGCUCUUCUCUGUUCUGCAACAGGCGAGGAAGACCAUGGUGCUGUUUCAGUGCCAUGAGGAGAGGGAAGAGGCUCUUCACUUGGUCGAGAGGAAUAAGCUGUUCAAUACAUUUGAUGAGCUCAUUCAGAGAGCUUCUGAGGUGGUUUCCGGGGGUGUCCCGAAUGAGAAGCAGAUUGAUUUGGGUGACCCAGUUGGGAAAAGUGGGAGAAAAGAUGUGAUCAGUGUUGAGAGUUUGAUUAAGAGGGGAGAAGAUGAGGAAUCGGGGGCAGAUGGUUUCAAGGGUUUGGUGAGGAGUUCUUCCGCGAAGGCCAUUUUCGUUUCAGGUGAGGACGAUACCGAGAAGUUCAAUCUCAUGAAGGUGGCAGCCCUUAUUGAAAAAACUGCUAAAAUCAAAGCAGGGGUUCUUGAUCUUCAAGGCAAGUUGAUGGAAAAGAUUGAGUGGCUUCCCACAUCGAUUGGCAAAUUAUCUGAUAUCACUGAAUUGAACUUGUCUGAAAACCGAAUUAUGGCUCUCCCAUCCACCAUGAGUGGCCUCAGAGCCCUAACAAAGCUUGAUGUCCACUCAAACCAACUGAUCAACCUUCCAGAUUCAAUUGGGGAAUUGGUGAACCUAGCUGAUCUCGAUCUCCAUGCAAACAGAUUAAGGUCACUGCCGGCUUCUUUUGGGAAUCUGGUCAACCUCAUCAAUCUCAAUUUGAGUUCAAAUCAAUUCACCCAUUUGCCAGACAACAUUGGGAGUCUAACAAGCUUGAAGAGACUGAAUGUGGAUACAAAUGAGCUCGAAGAAGUUCCUUAUACAAUCGGAUCGUGCACAUCACUUUUGGAGCUGAGAUUGGAUUUUAAUCAAUUAAGAGCUCUUCCUGAGGCUGUUGGAAAGCUUGAAUGCUUGGAGAUUCUUACGUUGCAUUAUAACAGAAUCAAAGGGCUGCCAACAACAAUUGGUAAUCUUUCCAAUUUGAGGGAACUUGAUGUUAGCUUCAAUGAACUUGAAUCAGUACCUGAAAACCUCUGCUUUGCGGUCAAGCUCAAGAAAUUGAAUGUGGGGAAGAACUUUGCAGACUUGAGAGCCUUGCCAAGAUCAAUAGGGAAUCUUGAGAUGCUUGAAGAGUUGGACAUAAGUGACUGUCAAAUAAGAAUGCUACCGGAUUCUUUUCGGUUCCUGUCUAAAUUGAGAGUUCUUCGUGCAGAUGAGACUCCAUUGGAGGUGCCACCAAGGGAAGUAACUAAACUUGGGGCUCAGGAAGUUGUUCGGUACAUGGCUGAUCUGACCGCCAAGAGGGAGGCAAGACCCCUAUCCUCAAAGAAGAAGGGGUUCUGGUUCUGGGUUUGCUCAAUAUUCAGAGCUAGAACCAAGAGGACCACUGACAGCAAGGAAUCACAAAAGCUUGAUGAGUGAAUUCGCCCCCCUUCAAGCAUAUCUGCUGAUGAAUUCUCCAUAAGAUGUUGUAUACGAUCAAUUCAUGAGAGGGCAAAGCUUUCAACUUAUGUUUUUGUUUGGUUUAAGAAUAAUCAGAUACUGUUUGACACAGCCUGCGGCCUUCUUAUGUCUCUAGUGAACAUGUAAUAUACUGGUUAUACCUCUUCUUUCCUAUAAUCUUUUGUCUCAGAUAUGAACUCUUUUGGACUUUUUGUCACUGAAACCAUUAGUACAUAAACAGUUAGAACA